AUGCGUGGUCUCACUUUCCUGGUCACCCUGGUGGCCCUCCUCACCGGUUUCUACCGCUACUUUGACUCCCGUCUGGAUCAAUUCUACGUCUUCGACCCCUCGAACCUGCACGAGCUGUCCCAGCGCGCCAUCGCCGCCCACGGGAACGACACGCGCGCCGUCGUCGAUUUCAUCGUCACCGAGCUGGACGAGAAGGUCCCCGGCUCGAACCUCAACCGCGACGAGGAAUGGGUCUUUAACAACGCCGGCGGUGCCAUGGGCGCUAUGUACAUUAUCCACGCCAGCAUCACCGAAUACCUCAUCGUCUUCGGCACAUCCAUCGGCACAGAAGGCCACACCGGCCGCCACACCGCCGACGACUACUUCAACAUCCUGCAAGGCACCCAGCUGGCCUUCGUCCCGGGCUCCUACGAAGCAGAGGUCUACCCCCAGGGCAGCGUGCACCACCUCCAGCGCGGCCAGGUCAAGCAGUAUAAGAUGGACGAGUCGUGCUUCGCGCUCGAGUACGCCCGUGGCUGGAUCCCCCCCAUGCUGUUCUUCGGUUACGCCGAUACUUUCUCCAGCACGCUGGAUUUCCCGACGUUGUGGGCCACCACGCGCAUUACGGCGCAAGUGCACGAGACGAUCACCACGACGCAACUCUUCCAGCGCGGCGAGCGCAUCGCCAUCGGCGCCAGCGGCGGCAAAGACAGCACCGUCCUCGCCGCGGUGCUGAAAACCCUCAACGAGCGGUACGACUACGGGCUAUCGCUCUGCCUGCUGUCCAUCGACGAGGGCAUCCGCGGGUACCGCGACGACAGCCUGGAGACGGUCAAGCGCAAUGCGCAACAGUACGCCAUGCCGCUUGAGAUCGUCGGCUACGGGGAACUAUACGGGUGGACGAUGGACCAGGUGGUGGCGCAGGUGGGCAAGAAGGGCAACUGUACCUACUGCGGGGUGUUCCGGCGGCAGGCGCUCGACCGCGGCGCGGCGCGUCUGGGCAUCAGCCAUGUGGUGACGGGGCAUAAUGCGGACGACGUGGCGGAGACGGUGAUGAUGAAUUUGUUGCGGGGGGAUCUGCCGCGGUUGUCGCGCGGGACGAGCAUCGUGACGGAUUCGGCGGCGAGUGAGGUGAAGCGGUCGAAGCCGUUGAAGUACGCUUAUGAGAAGGAGAUUGUGCUGUAUGCGCAUCAUCGGCGGUUGGAUUAUUUUAGUACGGAGUGUAUUUAUUCGCCGGAGGCGUUUCGGGGCAGUGCGCGGUCGCUGAUCAAGGAUUUGGAGAAGAUUCGGCCGAGCUCGAUUCUGGAUAUUGUUCGCAGUGGGGAGGAUCUUGCGGGGUUAGUCCCUGCUGAAGUGAAGGGGACGGGGCCGGUGGGUGGGGGAGGAGGCGGAGGUGGUUGUGGGAGUCAGAAUGGGAGGACGAGUGGGGGGGAGAUGGCGGAGAUGGAGAGGCGGUUGGCCGGGGAUGAGGCUGCUGCUGCUGCUGGGCAGGAGACGGAGAUCCGCCUGCCUGUGAGGACGCCGGGGAGGAAGAAUAAGCAGGCGAAGGAUCAGCCCAAGGUGAAGACGCAGACGAUGGGCAAGUGUGAGCGCUGCGGGUACAUCUCUAGUCAGAAGGUGUGCAAGGCGUGCAGUUUACUGGAGGGGUUGAAUAAGAACCGGCCGCGCAUGGCGAUCGACGUUGAUAUGGAGGAUGAGGAGAGCAGUACGACGUUGAUGCGACAGAUGGAGAGGGUGGAGUUGGGUUGA